AUCCACAGAUUGCAUACACACAAAAGAAGAAGGGGAAGAAAAAAACAUGGCCCAUCUUCUCAAUAAGCCCUUUUUUUUCACUCUUGUUACAAUCAUUCUCCUCUCAUCCACUAGGUUGUUGGCCUCCUACUUGCCCAUUUCUCCCAAUAUAGCACGUUUUCUUCCUUUGGCUCCUCUAAUUCUGUACCUUUUCUACUCAAUUUCCAAGCGCUCCGCCUCCCUCCCUCCAGGGCCUCUCUCCAUACCCAUAUUUGGCAAUUGGCUCCAAGUUGGGAAUGACCUGAAUCACCAGCUAUUGGCCUCCAUGGCACAAAAGUAUGGUCCGGUCUUCCUACUGAAACUUGGGUCAAAAAACUUGACAGUGGUGUCGGAUCCCGAGCUGGCUAGCCAGGUGCUGCACACACAAGGUGUGGAGUUUGGAUCCCGGCCGCGGAAUGUGGUGUUUGAUAUCUUCACGGGGAACGGGCAGGACAUGGUGUUCACCGUCUACGGCGACCACUGGCGGAAAAUGCGUCGGAUUAUGACUCUUCCAUUCUUCACUAACAAGGUGGUGCACCAAUACAGUGAAAUGUGGGAGGAGGAAAUGGAUCUAGUGGUCGAUGACCUGAGGAACAAGGAGAGUGUGAAGAGUGAAGGCCUGGUUAUCAGGAAGCGUCUGCAGUUGAUGCUGUACAAUAUCAUGUACCGGAUGAUGUUCGAUGCCAAGUUUGAGUCUCAAGAGGAUCCUCUGUUCAUCCAGGCCACGCGGUUUAACUCUGAAAGAAGCCGGUUGGCUCAGAGUUUUGAUUACAACUAUGGAGACUUCAUUCCUCUGCUUAGGCCAUUUUUGAGAGGUUACUUGAACAAGUGCAGGGAGCUGCAGAGCAGUAGGCUUGCAUUUUUCAACAAUUACUAUGUUGAGAAAAGAAGGGAAAUAAUGGCUGCUAAUGGAGAGAAACACAAGAUCAGGUGUGCCAUUGAUCACAUAAUAGAUGCUCAACACAAGGGAGAAAUCAGUGAAGAAAAUGUGCUCUACAUUGUGGAGAACAUAAAUGUUGCAGCUAUAGAGACUACUCUGUGGUCCAUGGAAUGGGCCAUUGCUGAACUGGUUAACCAUCCACAUGUCCAAUCCAAGAUUCGGGAUGAAAUCACCACCGUCCUCCAGGGGGGUGCAGUCACUGAAUCCAACCUCCACCAACUUCCAUACCUACAGGCCACAGUGAAAGAGACCCUCAGGUUACACUCACCAAUUCCCCUCCUCGUACCCCAUAUGAACCUUGAAGAAGCUAAGCUAGGCGGUUAUACCAUCCCUAAAGAGUCCAAGGUGGUGGUUAAUGCCUGGUGGCUGGCCAACAACCCCGAAUGGUGGAAGAAUCCUGAGGAGUUCCGCCCAGAGCGCUUCCUGCAAGAGGAGUCUGCCACAGACGCUGUAGCUGGUGGGAAGGUCGAUUUUCGCUUCUUGCCAUUUGGGGUGGGCAGGCGGAGUUGCCCGGGGAUCAUACUCGCGCUCCCCAUCCUAGCCCUUGUGAUCGGCAAAAUGGUCAUGAACUUCGAAAUGAGGCCUCCAAUUGGGGUGGAGAAGAUUGACGUGUCCGAAAAAGGAGGCCAGUUUAGCCUGCACAUCGCCAACCAUUCUACAGUCGCUUUCACUCCAAUCACCGCAUAGUUCAGUCAAAAACUUUGGAUAAUAGUUUUUGUUAUGUUUCAUCGUUCAGUUAUACUUUACAAUCCCCCCUUUUUUUUUUCUCCAUUUGUUGCCAAAAAGUCAUGCUGUUGAUGUGUAAAGGAUGGAUACCGUUCUUUCAGAGUAAAAUGAAUAGAAUAAUUUUGUGUUUCAGAAA